AUGCUCGAGGCGCUGAGCGUCGCCAGCCUCUGCGCCCUGCUGGCCCCGGCCCCGAGCCAGCCGUCCGGGGACGCCGUCCUCAGGGUCCAUAAAGGCGUCUUAAGCGACGCUCUUGCAGGCUCCUUCCAGCACAGCAACGCUCUCCAAGGCGCCCUGGGCGACGUGCCGCUCGGGAACGGCGGUCCCGCCGCGGACGGACGCAGGGAUCUGCUAGGUGGCCUCGGUGGAGGUUUGCUUGGGGGUGGUGGAAUUGGUGGCCUGCUUGGUGGCCUUACUGGCGGCUUACUGGGUGGAGCUGGUGGAGGGCUGCUGGGGGGGCUCACCGGUGGCCUGCUCCGAGCGCGAGACGAUGCCAGCAGUGGCGGGGUGGCUGGUGGCUUGUUCAGCGGAGGAGAUGAUGGAGACCCUUACGGAGGAGCCCCCAGAAACAUCCCGCAUCCCAGAGGCUGGCCAGUGGCCGGCCACGAUGUCCCCGCAGGGGUGGCCGGAGGAGCUCUGGACCCAGAAGGCCUGCCCAGGGACGGGGGCGUCCUCGGCACCGCGGGGGUCCUCGGCAGCUCCGGCGGCCUCCCGGGCCGAGGAGGGCUGCUGGGCGGCGGCGGCGGCGUCCUCGGCGUCCUCGGCGAGGGGGGCUUGCUCAGCACCGUCCAGGGGCUCACGGGGCUGCGGAUCGUCGAGCUGACGCUGCCCAGGGUGUCGCUGCGGCUGCUGCCCGGCGUCGGCCUCCACCUCAACCUCCGCACCAGGGCGGCCAUCAGCGCCAGGAGCCUCCUGGGUUUCCUCGACAUCGCGGUGGACGUGAACAUCACGUCCAGGGUGAGGCUCACCAUGGACGGCGCGAGCUACCCGCGGCUGGUGGUGGAGCGCUGCGACACGCUCCUCGGCGGCAUCAAAGUGCGGCUCCUGCGCGGCCUGCUCCCAAUUGUGGACAAUUUAUUGGCAAGUGUCCUGAACAGAAUUCUUCCUAGUCUGCUGUGCCCCGCGGUCGACGUCGCCCUGGGCCUCGUCAGCGACCAGCUGGGGCUCGUGAACUCACUGGUGCCCCUGGGCUUACUGGGAAGCAUCCAGUACACCGUAUCGAGCCUGCCGCUGGUAACCGGCCAGUUCCUAGAAAUAGAUCUGAACACUGCAGUCGGGCGAGCGGCCGGGGGCCUGGUUGACUACCCCCUGGGAAGACCAGAAGCUGUCCCCACGCCGCCGAGGGUCCCCAUGCCUCCUCUGCCACCCAUGCCGGACACCAGCUCCUCCCAGCUGGGCCUGUCCGUGAACUUCCUCAGCUCGGUGAUGUCGGUGCUGCAGAGGCAAGGUGCCCUGGACUUGGACAUCUCCAGCGGGAUGUUUCCUGAGCUUCCACCGCUAACAACAUCGACCCUGGGAGCCCUGAUCCCUGCGGUUUUCAAGGCGUACCCCGAAUCACACGAAUUGUUGCUGAAAAUUGCGGUCCCUGAAGCACCAGUGGUGACCUUAAAGAAAAGCAAAGGUGUGAUCCAGCUCACGGCUACAGCCGAAGUGAUGGUGAUCCAUCCACAGGACGUCCAGAAGUCCCUCUGCCUCCUGAACAUUGAUGCUGCUUUGCUGGCCCAGUUUUCUGUUGAAGACCACAAACUGAAGAUCAGCGUCAGCCUUGAGAAGACUGAUCUCUCCUUGGUGUCUUCCUCCAUUGGUGAUUUUGAUACCUCGCUCCUGGAGACGCUGGUUGGCAGGAUUUUCGAUGUCGCCUUCCUGCCUGCGAUGAACAGCAUCCUCGCAGAAGGCGUUCCCCUCCCCAGACUGCUCAACAUCGACUUCACCAACGCCGACGUGGACGUCAUCCAGGAUCUGCUUGUGUUAUCGGCAUGAGCCAGGAUGCCGCACGGAAAUGGAGAGCCACGUUUUGCACCUCUUCUGCCGGAGCGGUGCACAGUCCAGCGGGGCCUCGGGGUGCUGAGCACAGCGAAACGAGCCCUGCGGAGGGGCCGCAUCCUGCCCACGCUGCUCCGCACAUGGACUCACGGCAAGAAACCAUCGGUUCCGUCGGCUGGGGCCUCGUGAACGCGCGGAAGGACACGCGUGCGUUUUGCUGUCCCGCGCUCAGCUCCAAUAAAGAUCAGCUUCCCGCA